AUGUCCACUGGCUAUCGACUUUUUGUAGGAGUUUAUUAUACUCGAAUUCAAUUUCAAUAGUCGUUUAACUUUUGAAAUGUGAAUAAAACUUGGUGGGAUCAGUGUCGAAUAAAAUUACUGCUGUGAUACUUUUUUUGGCAGGUUCUAAUAUUGUAUUCCGUCAUGUCGGAUCGUUCUAUAGCAUCCCGACCUAGCCUGGAGCAGGUGGUUGCAAUUGUGGACUUCAUGGAAAAACACCAAACUCUGGCUCUUGGGCUAUUGCGAGGACUGGAAGGGCGGGAGGAGAGCAAGAAGUUGUGGUUCCAGCUUACUAGGAUAGUUAAUGGCAUAACUGGACCUACAAGACCUAUGAAAUCAUGGAUUAAAUAUUGGGCUGACAAGAAAUCUACUGUAAGGAAUAAAGUUAUCUCAGGCGGAGGUGAUCCUAACAGAUUGUGUUCCAAUAUUGAGAAGAAGAUAUGGGACUUGUUUCUAGCAAGUGAUGUAGAUAAAUCUACUAAGUCCCGCAGUUCAGUGAAGCAGGAGUCCCAUUUUGUAGAUGACAACUUUUUCAAUGAGGACAGUAUGGAGCCAAACCAUAUUGAGUCUCAACCAGUCCUAGCCUUUGAGGAGCCUAUGAUGGACUAUGAGGAGCGCCAAGUAGCGGUCAUGGAGAAAUUAGUAAAAGUGAUGGGCGACCAAGCUGCGGCGAUGUCGCAAAUGGCGCACGCCACCCUAGUCAACUCGCAGGCCAUGGAGCGGUUAGCGGAAUCCUCGCAUAUACAGGCCCGAGCUCUAGAGCGGCUAGCGUCCACCUUCGAGAACAUAUCGGGCGCGACGCACGACAUCAGAGGGUCCAUCGUCGACAUCGACUCUACCAUGAAGAGGUUCUACUCCACCUCGCCCACGUAGCACAGGUAUUUGUGAGGUAGUGCGCCGAGCCACCAUUUACUACUCUAGUCAUAACUUAAUUAGUCCAUGCCGCAGACAAAUAACUA